UUCCAAAGACGGCCAUAAGUAGAAGUGAGGUUAUCUUGGCGCUUGAAAUAAUCUUGGUUCACUUCUAGCAAAGAAUUUUCUGUGAUUUACCCAUUAAUACUGCCUAAAUAGGAUUGGAAAUAGUAAAAGAAGAGCAGUGGGAGUAUUUUCCAUCCGAGAGAUGGCAAAUAACUUGGAAUAUGAGCUAAUAAGGCAUUCUGAAAGUGCAGCUGCAAACACUCUGGGUGUCCGGAGGGAGGGAAUUGAGAAAUUGAGUGCACUCCUGGAUUCCGCUGAGGCUAAGGAUGUUGUUGCUCGCAAAACUUCAAUUGAUUUUGAUACAAAGCACCUCUUUGAUCAUGUCCUGCAGGGAUUUGGAAAGCAAGUGGAAAAAUGCACCAAAGCAGGAAAGUCCGAUAAGCAGCUGGAUACAUUUAAUAUCUGCUUCAAUAAGAUAAUGGGGAUUGUCAUUGAAAAUCCUUUCCUCAUCGAUAGCAUCUACAUUGUGGAGAGAUUCAUCGGUGUCUUCGAAAAUGAGAACUUCCUGAAAUUCUGUGGGGCUGAAUUUAUUAGUAUUCUCGUGCAAUACUUGAAGAAAAAUGAUCUGACGCUGUGUAAGGUGAAAUUGGCUCAGUGGAAAGAUCUCCUGACAAUCCUUGUGGAUUUAUAUUUUGAGGAUCGAACAAUCUCGAAAGUUGGCAUCCUCACGGGAAUUGGAAAUGUCCUCCACGGGAGCAUUAAGAAUAGCCAAAUUCUCACACAUCUCUCCUCUCUCGUGGAAAGGUUUGAGGAGAUUUUCCUAACAGCAAAUGAAGAGUUGACAAAGAGAGAAGUUCUCACUAUUGAAUAUGCUGUCUGUGAAGCACUUGCCGUCCAGAAUUCCUGCUUAAUUGCUGAACAUUCCCGCAGGAUCCUACAGAGGAUCAUUGACAAUCACCGGAAGACUCAACAUGAAGAAAAUCGGGAACUGACAUUUAAAUUCUUCCACUUGAUCAUCAUCCUCAAUUCUAUUCCGGAAAAUGUGGGAAGAUCCCACGCAGUAGAUGCUCUCACGUGGAACAAUCUCAAACUAAAGAUGUUUAAUAUUCUGGAUACAGAACUCAAGCAACUACCAAAGCCAUCGGAUAAAAGGAAGAAGUUUGUAAUUUGUCCAUUUCUCGUGAAGUUUGGGGCUUGUCUCUUUGUGGAUCUCGUGAAGACGAAAUUCAUUAGCAAAUCCACACAAGGAACUGACGAGCAGACCAACAAGAGAGCUAAAUUCAAUGAGGAUUUCGAUAAAAUCCUCGAAAUGGUAACGAUAUCUAGUCAUGAAUACGAUUUAGGGUGGUUUUGUGUUCUCUGCGAAGUUAUCCAAAGGAAUGAUCUUCAUAUUAGUCAGGAGAACUUCCAGGGAGUCCUGAGGAUUCUCCUUGACAUUCAGCCAUCCCUCAAAGUGGAAGUUCUUCUGGAAUAUUUCUGCCAGUGCUGUAAAAUUGUCUUCAAUACCUUGAAAAGUGUUCCAGAAUGUCGCGAAAAGUUCCUCACAAUUGCCCAGAGGAUCCUUCAGAUGCCCUCAAUGGAACCCACCUGUGUAGGUGAAUUGCUGACAAUGAUGAUUACUUCGGGAAUUUUUCCACUGAAGCAACGAAUGGAGAUUGCAAAGAACUUCCUGGGGCAGCAAGAGAUGAGAAUUCUCAUUGCUGCUCUCAAUGAUUCCAAUGCGAAGGAAUUGUUUCUCGAUCAGAAUCCUCGGGAGGAAUUUGUAAAGUGGAUUUGUUCCACAACGGAGAUUUUUAUGAAGUUCCCAUCACAUUUGGUGGCUCAGCUAAUUCUUGUGUACGUCAUGCACGCUGUCCAGGUGAAUGUUACGUGGGUGGAGGAGAAGAAAAGCGGGAAGAUUCGAGUUGAAAAGUACACUGAGGCUACGGAGGGUAUUGAGAGGGAUCUCAAGCAUAAAUUUCUCUAUAAAUUCAUCCAGAGAGCACCUGAAUGCCCGAAGGUUCUGCCACAAAAGGAGCAAAUUAGUCUCAUUCACUUGCGCCAAAUUACAAAUCACCUGUUGAUUCUUCCGGAAGACAUUUCUAAGGAUCUAGCUGCGAUGUACUUUAUAAAACGCGCCGAAGUACUUGUCCUCUUCCACAGCAGCCUGAAGAAGCUCUCUCUGCAUGGGAUUGGGGACUUUUUGGACACUCUUGAAUGUGAUGUUGUUCGAAAUGUAAAGGAAGUGGAGAAGUGUCUGACACAGAAGAAGCAUCAACUCUCCCGGAUUCACAUACCAAAUGUCUGCGAGAUACUCAGAAAUUUCUUCAGGGAGGACAUUCACGGUCUGGCGAGGAAUUGUGAAAUUUCCGGGAUGAUUAAGUGGAUCUAUGAGCAUUUCCAGAUCUUCUGUCGACACGUAAAGGGACAAAAUGAAGAUACCUACCGCAUUUACAUUGCAAAUUGUCUUCAAUGCCUCAUCUACAUGCACAAAUUCCACGCAGAUGCUGCUGAAAGUACCUUCGGGAGGAUGUGUGAUGAGUUCCUGGACAAGGAGACAAAGACAUGCAUUCCCAUUUACUUUGAUGUAAUCAAAACCAUCGUGCAGUGUCCCUACAAUGAAUCCCUCGGAGAAUGGGCGUGCACAGAGAUUGCAGAUCUUACCGGUAGAUUCAAUAAGAGUCAGGACAUCAUUGAGGAACUUCUGGAUGUCUAUGAGGAUGCAGCUGUUUACUUCCUCAAUGGAAACACUGAAUACCUCAAUAGGAUGUUGGAGAUUAUAACACGUCUCACGGGAUUCUCCCUGCGCAAUAUUUAUCGCAAUGAAACAGCCACGAAACUCAUCAGGCUCAUCAUGCAUUAUUUCCGGAAUGGGAUUGCCGAUGAUCAGGAUACAUUUGAGACCUUUAUUGAGGUUCUAAAGAAAUUCCUCGUCUUUCCCACCUUCACCAUUCAACUGACGGUUGUGCAGGCAUUUGUGGAGAUUUUUGCAAGUGGAAAGGAUGUCGUGGACUUUUCACAUUUCCCCCGAGAGGAUUUAGCGGAGAUUUUCCGUGAAUCAGCAGAUGGGGAUAGAGACACUGCCCAGAGUCGUCUCUCACUGCUGGUGCAGCUCUUUCAGGGUAUCUUUGUGAGCUGUAUGCCGGCUCGAAGAUUUGUCUUCUUUGAAUUUGCUCAAUUUCUUCAAAGACAAAAUAUCGAUGAAGCCAUCCUACGACGUCUGCACGAUGCGCAAUUCAACGAGCAAGCAGAAAUGUUCACCAAAUAUGUGGAGUACUGUGCACCGGAUUUGGUGGAGUUGUGGUCAAGGCAUGGAAAACCAUUUGACAGCUUCCCAACGACGAUCUUUGGAUGCUCCACACGAGGGAGCUUUAUGGAAAAGUAUCGGCAGAUCUUCCCAAAAAUUCUCAUUUAUCAUGGGCAAGAGAAGAAUCUCCAGCAAUUGGAGGACAUACCGCGGUCACAGUUGAAGGAACUUGUCAAGAAAUCCCUCCCUGAUUGCAUUCCAUUCAUCCUUUCGGGGCACAAUGGGCAGUGUUGCUACCUGAAGGAUUUCUUCGUGAAAAACUUUGGGAGUAUUGAUGAUGUGAUAAAACAGAAUAUACCGCGGAUUCUUAUGAAACUUUUUGAGAAUUUUUGGGAUUCUGAAGAAUAUGAAAGACUCUUUGGAUGCCCUCGAAGAGAACUCGAACCAUCGGAAUUCUCCCUCAACUGCCAACAAUUUGAAAAUUGCCACAAAAAGCUCAGUCAAGACUUUUUGGGUACUGAAGAUGAUCUCUAUAGUGCUCUUGAGUCCAGAGAACCCUUUGCAGUGGUAAAGAUUGGGAUGAGACUAAAGGAGAGUAUCUACCUUGCACCAGACACAGAUGAAAUGCUAAAUCCCAUUCUGAGAUUGAUUUAUUUCUCACGAAAACUCACAACACUGAUUAAGAACGGCUCUCAGGAUGGCAUUACGAAGAAUUUCUUCUUCUCCGAAAUCUCUAGAUUUCUCCUGAUUCUACUUUGCAAAAAGUCCUUCCCAGUCCACAUUGCUGUGGUACUUCUCAGGGAAUUCCAAACAUUCCUCGAGGGAAGCUUUGAGUAUGUUUUGGACGGUGUGAAGGAGCAACUGGAAUUUGUUGUUGAUAGACUAACAAGUAUUAUUAGGAAAACAGAAGAUGAUGGUGUGAAGGCGAGAGCGCUAAGUAGCCUAACAUUCCUCUUUGUCCGGAAGCAAGAAUGUCUUGCGGAUGCACUCAAAGUCAUUAACAAUAUGCCGAAAGAUUUGGAAUUUGAUGCAAUUCGAAGGACGCAGAAUGUUAUUGUUAGUCAGAAUUUUAGCAAUGCAUUGUUGACUGAGGAGGAGGAGGAGGAUGGAGAUAAUGAGGGUGGACUUUUGUGUGACAUUGAGCAUUUUCUUGCUAUUAAAAAUCCCAAUAUUGACAGCAUUCAUUACCUUAAGAAGCAGCUCUCAAAUAAUCCAAAGAAAUUGGCAAAAAUGUAUGAAAAUACCAAUUUUCCCCACGCCAAUACAAUUCUUCACAAGCUAACGGAUAUUUUCAUCAAGCUGGCACAAUGUGAGGAUGAUGGAGUAAGUUUGGAGGCGACAAAGUGUCUCAGUGAGAUGGGAUUCUUGGAAUUUAGCUAUGCAAAUCUCUCACAAAAUUCACCGGAGGAUGGGAAAGAAGAUAUAAUAAGUUACGAUAGAAAUUGUUUAACGGUCUAUCGGAAAAUCAUGCAGUCUCUUCAGGACCUUCAGCAGGAUUGCGAUGUAUUUGUCUCAAAUGCAGCAUCCACAAUGCUCAAUGCUUUUUUUAGUGAUUCAAUUGGACGUGGCAUUGAGGGAAUGCGAAUGAAGAGAAUCUUCAUGAGUGUCCGAACGAAGCAUCAAGUCCUGAACAUUAAUGAGACCACCGUGAAGAAUCAUCCACUAAAUGAUCUUUUCAUCGUUGAACAGGGGGACAAUCAUGAUGUGUGGAUUUUGAGAGUUGUUGAUAAACUCCUUGCAAUAUUUGGCAAUUCAUCCUUGAGGGAAAUUGCAAUGAGAAAAAUAUCCUUUGCUGAAUUUCUCAUUAAAACUCUCAUUGAACUUUUACUUUCAAUCCACCAUCAACCGAUUAAUCGUGAGAUUCAGCAAUCCGUAAAUGAUUUCUUUGCAAAAUAUGCCGAAGCGAAAGCAACAUGCCUCCCAAGUAUUCAUGUCAAUAAGAAAUCAAUACAGAUCAUGCUUGCAAUUUGUGACUGUAUACGCUACUACAAUGCCGUCUCUCACAAAAAUGAGGAAAAUUCAAGAAAAUUCAGUAGAAUUGAUUUGGAUAAUUUCCCAAUAGCCGAUGCUGCUUGCUACAGUGAAUCCUACACAAAUGCCCUUGUUUAUGCUGAAAUGUGGAUUACAAAUCAAUUGUACAGCUGCAAGAAGAGCUCAAAGGACAUCUUGGCGUCCUCUAUUAGGGAAAUUAUGAUAAAGUGCUACGAAGCAAUUGAGGAGAAGGAUGCAGCAAAACCAUUUUAUGAUUUGGAAGAAAUGAGAUUGUGGUAUUUGAAUAAUGAUUCAUCAAUUGGGAGAGCUUUUGUGGAGAGAGAUAUGGCAAAUGCACUUAAAUUGGAACAGCCAUGCCAAUUUGAGCAACUUCUGCAGAAAUCCGGCCUUUAUUAUCUCACAAAUUGCUUGUCGUCUGAGCAAAAUUUCGAUUGUGCCUGGAGAAUGGGCGAUUGGAGUAUUUUGGAUAGUUGUGACCACGAGCCAAGUGAAGCCAUCAGAGAAAAUUGUAUUGAUUUUGAAAGAGAUCACUACAGCGCCCUAAAAAAUCUCCACAAACGUGACGAGAAUAUAAUGUGUCUCUUCACUGAGAAAUGUCGAAUGGAUAUCAUUGAGUUGAUGCGAAAGAAAAAUCCGCAAUCCACAAAAAUCUUCCAGAAUCACUUUGCAAUGUUGCGGCAGGUGCAGCAGGUGGAGGAUUUUAGUGUGGUUCACUUUAGUUCUAAUCGUGCGAAUGCAAUGGAAAGAUUGUUCGAGAAAUGGCAAUGGCACGAUGAAAUGCCUCAUACAUCCUUUGUGGACAAGGAGAAGAUUCUAGCACAGAGAUUGGCAAUUUUGGGAACAGAUGACACGGCUGAGAUGGUCAGGCAGAAGCAAAGGACCCUCAUGAACCUUGUGCGAGAAGCACGAGUGACUAAUCACGAUAAUAUCGCCAUAAAGUACCUCAAGUACCUCCGAAGUCUCACUCUCGACGAUGAAAUGCAGUCAAAAUUCCUGCUUGAAGAUGCUCAAAUGUGCAUGAAUUCUGGGUACACAGAACUAGCUAAGAAGCUAUUCUCUUCGUUGAUUAAUGAUGCGAAAUAUGCAACAUUUCUCACUCGAAUCACCGGACUGUGGACUUGUGGGGAAUUUUUUGCUGAGAAUAUGGCUGAGGAUCCAAAUGUUAUCUACCAGGAUUACUUCAUGAAGGCCAAAGAUGAAUUGGAGAUUUACGAAGAGCAACUUUCCACCACUGAUUUGCAGGCUAUUGCAGAGGAGAGGAUUAAAAUUUACACAGCUAUGGCGAAAUUUGCAGAUAAAAUUUACACGGAAAGGGAUAAAUAUGUGAAUUCGAAUGAGUAUAAGGAGAAGUGUCAUUGGAUGAAGGUGACACAGAAGGAGGUGGAGAAGUUGGCAGCACAGAAGCCACCGAGUGAGGAAUUGAUGAAGGAAUUGGGCAUGAAGAGGAUAGUUUUGAUGAAAAAUGGAAAAUUGGAUGAGUUGCAGAUUAAGAAUAUUCAUACAGAUCGGAAUAAUUAUUUGGCCAUUGCGCUGGAGUUCUACAGCUACCUGGCGGCUCAUGGGGACAAUUCGGAUGUCUUCAUUUCGAGACUUGUGUCGCUGUGGUGCUCAAACCCGUCAAAUAACGAUGUUAUGCGAAUCCUGAAGAAGGGACUCGAUGAUGUGCCCAGCUACAAAUUCCUCAAAGUCCUCCCACAGCUUGCAUCACGUCUUGGGUAUACUGAUUUAGCAUUUACGCGCCUCUUGGCACGAUUGCUUCUACGUUGUUGCAAAGAGCAUCCGUAUCAUUCGCUAAAUCAUCUAAUGGCCCUCCAGAAUGCCACGUACGACGCUCUUGAUGCACACGAGGAGGAAAGUGGGAAAUUGCUGCAAACCAAUGCAAAGCAAAUCAUUGAGGAAUUGAAGAGGGAUAAGAAAAUUCGAAGUAUUAUACGGGAUUUGUACGAUGUGAGCACGGCUCUGAUUGAUUUGGCCAACAAGGAGUGUGAGAAGAACGCAUUUGGGAAUAUUAAAUUGAGUCCAAAUGAAAAGAUCUUCACAAUUGGCAUCAGGAAUCUCUUCCAUCUCCCCAUUGUGGAUUUGCCCAUUCGAAAGGAUUGCCAAUAUACCAACAUUACGCACGUGACAAAUUGGCCGGGAGAAUACAGUCUAAUGGGUGGAAUUAAUGCCCCAAAGCUCCUAAAGUGUCGUUGCUCCGAUGGGCAGAGUCGAAGUAUCAUUCUCAAGGGGAAUGAUGAUCUCCAUCAGGAUGCUCUGAUGCAGCAGGUUUUCUUGUACAUAAAUGACAUCUUCAGGGCUGAGCCGCACCUGCAGAUGCUCCAAAUUCGAACAUACCGUAUUAUUCCGCUUACAAAGAGAUCAGGAUACAUGGAAUUCUGCGCCAAUUCCAUUCCACUCUCAUCGUACCUGACCAAGGCACACAGUCGCUACAGACCACAUGAAAUAUCCUUCAGUGAGGGACGGAAGAUUGUGAUGGAUUACUCGCCUUGUGAGCCGAAGGAGAAGUUGGAGAAAUUUUUGGAGCUAUGUGAAAAAAUCCGCCCAGUUUUUCACAAUUACUUCAUCGAGGAGUUUUCCAAUCCGCGGGAGUGGUAUGACAAGAGAUUGACCUACAUUAACACCGUGGCCUCAACGUCAAUGGUGGGCUACAUCCUGGGAAUUGGAGAUCGACAUCUAAGCAAUAUUCUUUUGGAUCAGAAGACAGCGCAAAUUAUUCACAUUGAUUUUGGUAUUUCUUUCGAGAGGGGCCUAAUACAACGCACCCCGGAACUUGUGCCGUUCCGCUUGACGCGCGACAUGGUGUCAGCCAUGGGUUUCUUGGGUACAGACGGUGUCUUCCGUCGUUCGUGCGAAAUGACGAUGGAGGUAUUGCGGGAAAAUCAAGCAACAAUUAACACAAUUCUCGAGGUACUUCUCUAUGAUCCUCUAUGCAAUUGGAGCACGAGCCAACAGCCCGCGAUUGAUGCAUCGGCAAAUGGGAGUAUCCAUGUGAGUGAGCAGAAAAAUGCAUCAGCAGCACGGGCACUGUUUCGAGUUAAUGAGAAGCUCAGUGGUCGCGAAUCCAAUACCACCGUCCAUUCGGUCAGCACUCAAGUGGAGAGGCUCAUUCAGCAAGCUAUAAAUCCAGCAAAUCUCUCGCGAAUGUUCCAUGGUUGGAGUGCCUUUUACUGAUGCAGAAAAACGCCAGCGCGCAAAACAGCUCUCAGUGGGAAUGGGAAACAGAUCAAGUAAGAUUAAUUUCUUUUUUUUUCUUCAUAAUUAUUUCUUCUUUUUUUUUUUUAAUAUUCUUGUCUUUCCUUUUUUUUCAUUAUUACUUUUCAUUCAACAAAAUAAUUUGAGAUGCGAAUUCUCUUUGUUUAUAGAGACAAGAUAAGAUUUUUUUUUACAACAUGGGAAAUUAAAUUUGCGCUAGUUCUUUUUUUAUUGUUGUUGUUGUUAUUGCAUAAAAUCAGUCAAAUUUGGGAAAGAAUGCCUCAAUGGGUAGAAUGGGGUCGUCUGUGGCGAUCGUAAAGUAUUCCGGUAUUCGUCGAUUCUUGUUGUUGCUAUUCACACUCUUGGCUGUCUUCUCGGUUGAGAUUUCGUUGAUGAGAUUGGAGUUGAGCAUGGAUUCAGUUGUCUUGGUCGUUUGAUGGGCAUACGGACGGUAUGAGUGGUCGUUUUUUGCAAUUUUCAUAAUUGACGUCUCGAGUUUGUGCUCAGUUGUUGUGUCAAUUUUGAUGUUUUCAGGCGAUGUUGGUUCAUCAACACGAUGUCUCUGCUUCGUACUACCUGCCUUCUCUUGAGUACUCUGGAAGCGACGAUUUGUAUUUGAUCGCGUCAAUGUUUCUGCCUCUGUUGUCGAUGAGGUUGAUGUUGAUGGUCUCUGAUGCCGAAAAUCAAGACGACUUGCUCCGCGACGUGUUGGAUAUGCCGUUGAUGGUCCACGAGAAACGGAACCUUUUGAAAAAAAAAAUGUAAUUUGUUAGAAAAUAAAUAAAAGAAAUUUAAAAAAAUAGUAAAACUAACCUUCAGUUGUGGGUUUCGUGAAUGAUGAUCGAGUAAAGUUGUUGUUUCUUGUUGGAUGGAAUCUCUUUGUCGUUGACACGGUUGUUGUUGUGCUGGAUUCAGUUGAUGAAGUUUUCUCCUCACUCGCCUCUGUUGUCGUUGUAGAUGGUCGUGUUGGGAGCCUCUUUCGCGUAAAUUUGGGUGUUGUUGCAAUUUCCGAAGGUUGAUUUGUUGUUGUUGAUGUUGAUAAGUUGCUAAGAUAGUAGCUGCUGUUCUUCAAACUCAAUCUCGGUCUACUGAUUGAAUUGUAUUUGGCAAUUGGUUUGAGUGUUGAUGCACUCUGUGUUGCAGCUGACGUUGUUGAUAUCGUCGUUGUUGUUGUUGUGCUAUUGAUGGCAUCUUCCGUUGAUGAGCGCACCGUUGUGGGGGAAACUUGAUCCAGAAUCUCCGUGACAACUGUUGUGGGAAUUUCCGUGGGUUCUGCAGUUGUUGUUGUCGUUGAAUCAACUUUAGGUCUCUGCCGGAAACGUGCAGAAUGUUUGGUUGUUGAUACAAUUUCAUUAGCCUCCGUGGUGACGUUCUUUUCAAUUUUUACGGACUCUUUAGUUGAUUCUUUUGCGAAUUUUUCAUUCCAAUUUGGAUCGUUGAAGGUGCUCUUGAAGCGAUUGCCGCCGGGCUUCCUACGGCGAGGCUUUAGCUUCGAUCGGGGUGUUGUUGCUUCGUAAACGGUGAUUGUGGAUGAUGAUGAUGGGUAUUUGAUGUAUUUGUAGAAAUGAGUAUGGGGCUCCGGGGCAAUUGUAGUCACGUCAACGGUGUCUUCAAUAACAGGCUUUAUGAGUUCAGUUGUUGUGUCAAAGAGAUCCUUAAAAUCGAGCGUGUUGCGCGUUGGCGUAGUCCCCGUGACGGCAUCUUCAAUUGUGAAGAAUGUAUGACUCCCACUAAAUUGAGGCUUCCGCAGAUGGAUGCUACCAUAGCUAGUUGGGGUUGGUAGGAAAGGUAUCAUCGGGGGGAAAGAUGUUCCCGAUGGAUCCUUUAUUUCGUUGAAUUUAAAGUGUGUCGGGGAGAGUUUCUGUGCAGAUGACAUCAUUGUCGUGGGAACUGUUGGUAGGAGCGGAUACUUCCGGGAUGGUGUUGUGAAAUCCAUAAAAUUACUCGGCUGGAAGGAGAAUCGCGUGAGAUCCUGAAGGGGUGACUUUGAAAUGUUGUAUUUCUUCAAAAGUUCAAUUGGUCGGAAGUUUUGUUCUCCACUUAUAUCAACGGAUGACACACUUGAGGGAAUUUGCGGUAAACCCUCCAUGAUUUGAAUGAUAUUCCGAUGCCGAUUGAGUUCAUUGAGAACAUCUGUGGACUUUAGUGUUGGUUUGGUGUCCUUAAUGACGGCAUUCUCCCUCAGAAUUGGCGUAAAAGGUCCAUCUUCGAAGAUGUGACCUUUAGUCUUAUUUUCCUUCUCAAACUUUACAUCACCACGCGGUGGAACUUCACUAGGGCUGAGCUUUUGCUGCUGCUGCUGCUGCUGAUGUUUCUGCUCCUGAUAUGGCUUCUUUGGGGCCACAUUGUUGAUUAUCUUCGACACUGGAGGCACAUUUUUCGUAUGCUUGACGAAAUUUGAGGCCACAAUGUGAUUCUUGUAGACGUUCGGCGUUAAAAUGGGCACUGUGAGCUUCUCGAGGAUAUUCGAAUAGGCUCCAUAUGGUUGCUUAUGAUUCGUUGCAAGUGCAAGAUGAGCUUGGAGCUUAUUGAGGACAGGAUGGGGUUUCAGUGUUGUUUUGCCUUGAAAUGUUGCCGCUUGUGCUGCCGGCAUCACUACAGGUGUAUCUCUGGGGAUGCGUGUCCACGGGUUUGCGUGUCAUACGGAGAAGAUAGAAUGAAGUGAAGAAAAAAAAUGCAAGAAGUUAAUGCAACCGAAUCGGAUUCAAAUGAAAGUUUUUUUUUCUCUCAAUGAGAUCAAAGGGUUGUCAACUACACAGUUUGAUUUAAAAUAGUUUAUAAAGGGCUGAUGGAAUACACUACACCAUAAGGGCUUCUUUUAACGCGAGAGAGAGAAUGGAAGGUUUAUAGAAAAAAAUUCUAAAACAUUUACAAAGAAUUUUCUUCUAAAGUUUCUUCAAAAUAGAUUAAAUUUUUAAAUAAAUAAUAAAAUAAUGUAGUUGAAUGCCCCUUUGAUACACCUAAUAUUGCAUCUAUAAAGUUAUUGUAGUAUAUAAUCACCUGAAUAUCAAUGAACUCGGACUUGCAGAAAGCAGAGGAAUGUAGCUGUAGUGGGUGAUUGUGGGACUCAUUGCGACAGAUGGGACCACAUUGGGAACUUUGGGUGUUGAUGGGUGCACAAUGGGUAGAUGGUGGUCGAUCUCACUGAGAUAGACGGGUUUGUUGUUGAAGUAGGACGACACGGGGGUGAGACCGGAUGUGGUGACCGUGUACUUGGGUGUAAAUGUCUUCAGGGGGAUAUCAUUGAAGAUUGCCGCACGUAAUUUAGGACUAGAUGCAUUUGCGCCAAAAAUGGAGUAGGGAUUCCUAUUUUGGCUGUACUGCGCCUGAAGAUCCUUCAUUUUGGCAUUGAGUAGCUGGGCGUUGUAGUGAGCGAUUUGCAGUAAUUGCGCUGUAUUGGCUUUUGCGAGGGUUGGUAUGGAAAUAAAUUGCGUUGCCUGUGGCUUAUGGACAGAUUGGGCUGCCUGAAGAUUCGGAACAGCUUGGACGGGUUGAACGGCCGCCUGAACAGCUUGAAUGGGGAAAUGAACAGGACGCCAGGCCAUCUAAAAAAUACAUAUAAAUCGAAUCAUUUAAACUAAUUUUCAUUCGAUCCUAAAAAAAAAGAAAAA